AACAUGAAAGAUAGUCGGAGUCAAAUUUUGGGUGUGGAUGGGAAUGGGGGUGUGGGUUUCCAUGAGAUCAACAUUAACAGUCAUAUUUCACAACCACACCCACAGCCACCCACACUACACCCACACCCAAAAAUUGAUUAUUCUUUUGGUUUGCUGCAAUAUUUUUUCUCAAAACUUACCUCUUGUUUCAUAGUCUUAAGAUUAAAUAUCAUUCUUUAUUGUUACUCAAUAUCAUGUAAAACUUCACAAGUUUAAAAUCAAUAGAAGUUCUAUAACAACUGAACAUUAAAAUAUUGAUUAUUUUCUUGCUCAUAAACGAACAUGAAUAUAUCGAUAUUGAGCGACAUCCUUUUAAAGAAGAAAACAAAAAAAAACAACAUAUUUCAUGAUGGACUUUUUUUUCUUUACUAAUGAUCUUCUAAAGAUUGAAAUAGAAAGAAAAAAAAAAUUGAAUAUUUAAUACGAGUCUGUAAAUCAUUGUGACCGUUUUCUUUUUUAUCGUCCGCUAUGCUGAUACAAAUACAUUAUCAGUCUAUUUUUCUCAUAUGCAUAUGUUGACGAUGCUUGAGCAUGUAUAUAAAUAUAUGUUCAUCAAUUUGUUCUUCAGUGAUUUUUCUGUUUCGUGAGAUUAAAUUAUUCGUCAAUCAACUGUUAAAAUAUCUCAACACCUCGAUAAUUGUGAUGGCCGAAAAACAAGUAUUUAUUCAUGGAAAAAAUUAAUUUUUUAUUUUCGAUUUUUUAUUUUAUUAAAUAAUUGUUUCAUUCUACGUUUUAGGAUGAUAUUGAACAAGUUAAAAAAAUCAAGUAUGUUGAACUUCUUAAUGAAUUACAAAAUGGAACUAAAACUUUACAGCAAUAUGAAGCAGAAUUAUUCAAAUUAUUACAAAAGUAG